UUUAAGCCCAUCCUUUUCUUGCAUCGUUACUCAUUACUCUCUUUUCCAUAAUUUUCUCACCAUCAUUUCUCCCGAGAUGAAUGUCUCUGAUACGCCGUCGUUUGAUUAUCAACAAAAGCCAAAAUUCCGGCAGAAAACGUCGUCGUUUUGUUCUGAUUUUGUCAUCUUCUUUGGUGGUACACUCCUUGCUUUCCUUCUUAUUUUGUCUCUUUGGUGCCUCACAUCUCCUCCUUCUCCCCCCUCUUCUUUCUCUUCUUCUUUACCUUCCCAAUCACCACCCAAACCCGACUCAACUACCUUCUACGACGACCCGGAUUUGGGCUACACCAUCGGUACCUGGGUUCAAAACUGGGACGACAAGCGUAAACAAUGGCUAAACCUUCACCCGGAAUUCUCAGGGUCUGAAAGGGUAGUAAUGGUAAGCGGUUCACAACCCGACCCAUGUAAGAAUCCAUUAGGAGACCACAUUCUUCUACGUUCCUUCAAAAAUAAAGUCGAUUACUGUCGUAUUCACGGGUACGACAUCUUCUAUAACAAUGUAUUGUUGGAUCUGAAGAUGUUUAGUUAUUGGGCCAAAUACCCGGUAGUAAAAGCAGCCAUGAUAGCCCACCCGGAAGCUGAAUGGAUCUGGUGGGUUGAUUCCGACGCUUUCAUUACUGACAUGGAUUUCAAUCUUCCACUAGAAAAAUACAAAUCCCAUAAUUUGAUCAUUCACGGUUGGGAUCACCUGGUGUUUCAAAAGAAGAGCUGGACUGGGUUGAAUGCUGGGGUAUUCCUGAUCAGGAACUGUCAAUGGUCGAUGGAUUUGUUAGAAAGAUGGGUUAAAUUCGGGCCAUCAAGCCCGGAAUAUAAAAAAUGGGGGGAAAUUCAGAAAUCAAUCUUCAAAGACAAAAGUUUCCCAGAAGCAGAUGAUCAAACAGGGAUAGCAUAUCUAAUGGUAAAAGAAGGGGAAAGAUGGAAUGAGAAAAUAUACUUAGAAAAAGGGUAUUAUUUUGAAGGGUAUUGGUUAGAAAUUGUAGAUAAACUAGAAAACAUUACAGCGUAUUAUAGCAAGAUAGAGAAAAGGGAGCGCAGGUUAAGGAGGAAAAAUGGAGAGAAAGCAGGGAAAGAGUAUCGUGCGCAGUGGGAGGAGAUAAGGGAAAAAGAAAUGGGGAUAGAAAUGAAAAGGCCAUUUAUAACACAUUUUACAGGGUGUGAACCAUGCAGUGGAAAACAUAAUGAAAAGUAUAGUAGAGAAGCUUGCUUAAAGGGGAUGAAUAUGGCUUUGAAUUUUGGUGAUAAUCAAGUGCUGAGGAAUUUUGGGUAUUUUCGACCCUAUUUGGCCCACAAGCCAAGACAAACCAUGAGGAGCAUAAUUGGAUCAAUACCAUUGAUGCUACUGACCUAGACAUGGUUGAACCUACUGACUUGAUGGCUGAACCUACUGAUUUGGGCGUGACAAUCAAGGAAGACCACCUCCAAUCUAGACCAAACAUGAGUAUCAAAGCAUGGCAAAGUCAGGAGGAAUCAAUAAAGAACCUCACAGCAACAUUUAAGCAAGACAGAAGCUUGCAAUAUGAUCAGCAGACAACAGAACAACCAACUGCCUGUCAGCGUACCUUGCACAGCGUGGAGAGCCUAACCUAGUGCAAGAAGGAACGAGGAAAUUUGGAAGAAGGCAUCUCUAUACAUGGGCCAAGGAGUCAGGGUCCAAGAACAAUGUUAAUAGUCCUCACAGAAUCCACAAACAUAGCUGCGAAGUCCCCUGUUCGUCAGUUUUAUGAUAAGGCUGAUACUUAGUAUAAAUAGGCUGUUUUGCAUUCUGUUUUAAUUCUCAUGUAAUACACGCGCUCUAAUAAUUAAGCACGGAUCUAGUAUAAAAAAUAUACAUUAAGACGAAUCUAACGAGAUCUCACAUAAAUAUAUUUUAUUUUCUAAUUAUGUGCAAAAAC